AUGCCAGCCGCAAAAGCUCUCCUCUCCAAGCUUUCCCAUGAGAGCGGUCUAUCCGCAAUUCUUCACUCGUCACGCGACACCAAACUAUCAUGUCUUAGCCGCUUCGUAAGGCUCUUCGCCUACGGCGCUUCGUUUCUUAUCCUUGUACACUAUCUCUCCAUCCUCGGCUUCAGUGAUGCACGCAUUGGCUUGUUCAUGACCUCGACGUUACUCGGGGACGUCGUCGUCAGCUUCCUGCUGACCUUGAUCACGGAUCAGGUGGGACGCCGACGCAUUCUGGCUGCAGGAGCCGUGUUGAUGAUGAUGAGUGGUGCCGUGUUUGCGCUCUGCUCGAACUUCUGGUUUCUUUUACUGGCGAGUGUUGUGGGUGUGAUUAGUCCGAGCGGCAAUGAGAUUGGGCCUUUCAAGGCCGUGGAAGAGUCCAUCCUCGCUCAACUCACAGACAAGGACCAGCGAAGUGACAUCUUUGCGUGGUACACGCUGUUUGGUACCUUGGGCGCGGCAUUGGGGACUUUGAGCUGUGGCUUUAUGGUGCAGAUUCUGCAAGGACGGGAAUCGUGGACUGCGGCUGGCGCAUACAGAGUCGUGUUUGGAGUCUACGCUCUGCUGGGCUUGGUGAAGCUUAUCCUUACUCUAAUGCUUAGCGAAUCUGUCGAGCUCGAACGACCGAAACAAGUCUACCAGGAAGUUCCAAUAGAGCUGGAGGACGAGGGCUUACUUUCCGACAGCUCUGACGAAGAAACCCUUGAGCCUCGUUCGAGCAAGCAGACAACUGCUCGCACAUCAGUGCCUCCAUCGCCACCAACCCCACCUCUCCUGAGUCGUCUCCGUUCACUCCUGCCGUAUAUUUCUCCUACUUCUCGAAUGAUCCUGGUGCGCCUCCUCUUCCUCUUUUUUCUCGACUCGUUCGCCUCCGGUCUCGCCUCGCCUUCCUGGCUCACCUACUUCUUCACCACGGUCCAUUCCCUCGAGAGCUCAGCGUUAGGCACAUUGUUCCUCGUCACCAAUCUCCUCGCCACGCUUUCCAACCUCGCCGCCCUCCCUCUUGCACGGCGCCUGGGUCCGCUCAAAACGAUGAUCUUUACCCAUCUACCGUCAGCUGUCUUCCUCAGUCUGGUUCCUUUCCCUCCCGCCACAACAACGGGGACCUGGUUGGCGAUGGGAUUCCUCAGCCUGAGGGCCUGCACGCAGAGCAUGGAUCAAGCGCCAAGGCAGGCGUUCUUGUCCUCGGCAGUUCUGCCGGCAGAACGGACAGCAGUGUUAGGGGUUGUGAACAUCGCGAAGACUCUAGCCCAGGCAGGCGGUAUUGGAGUAUCAGGUGCGUUGGCUGGCGCGAGAUUGUGGGUUGUGAUGCUGGCGGGAGCGGGAACGAUGAAGGCUUCGUACGAUCUGCUCAUGUUGUGGAUGUUUCUGGGUAUCAGGGACCGAGAAUCCGACAGUAUUUGA